AUGAGGCUUGUUAUCUUUGCUGUACAAGGGAAUGCAUGUCAUGUACCCGGACAGCUGGGUGCAAGAUCGCAGCAGUCAGCCAUUCUCUCAGCAGGCAGGCUUGCCCUACUCCUGGGCGCCCCCUGUCAAGAAACGCCCUCUGAGCCCCUCCACGUUGCUAUAUCACUCCGGACAAGUACAGCCGGACCGCACUAUCUACAAGGUAAACAAGUUCGUAUAGAGUUGAGCGUCGAAAGAGGUAAUGAAGAGUCCACAACGUGUAUUUUGAAAGGAAACUGGGAAUUUUAUGAGAGUGUGGGAGAUAGCAGCGAUCACUUGGCAGGCGGGAGUGGGCAGGGCGCGUGCGUGGGCGCCGCAGGGGGCGCAGGCGAAGUCGCGGGGGGAGGCGGGCGCCACCGCGCGGCGGCGGUCGCAACGACGACGGCGCACAGCAAGCAGCUGGCGGCGGGCGGGCCCAACCACCCGCCCCAGCCGCAAGGUAACAAACGGUCGGGCUGCGGCGGCGAUGGAGACUAUCAGCUGGUGCAGCACGAGGUGCUCUACUCCUCGUCCAAUAGGUACGAGGUGUUGGAGUUCCUCGGGCGAGGUACGUUCGGGCAGGUGGUGAAGUGCUGGAAGAAGGGCACCAAUGAGAUCGUCGCCAUCAAGAUCCUCAAGAACCACCCCAGCUAUGCACGCCAAGGACAGAUUGAGGUGUCGAUCCUGUCGCGGCUGUCGCAGGAGUCGGCGGACGAGUUCAACUUCGUGCGCGCGUACGAGUGCUUCCAGCAUCGCUCGCACACCUGCCUGGUGUUCGAGAUGCUGGAGCAGAACUUGUACGACUUCCUGAAGCAGAACAAGUUCUCGCCGCUGCCGCUGAAGUACAUCAGGCCAAUACUGCAGCAGGUCCUCACCGCGCUGCUCAAACUGAAGCAACUGGGGCUGAUCCACGCGGACCUGAAGCCGGAGAACAUAAUGCUGGUGGAGCCGGCGCGGCAGCCCUACCGCGUCAAGGUGAUAGACUUCGGCAGCGCUUCGCACGUCAGCAAGGCCGUCUGCAACACAUACCUGCAGAGCAGAUACUACAGAGCACCGGAGAUCAUCCUGGGGCUAGCGUUCUGCGAGGCCAUCGACAUGUGGUCGCUGGGCUGCGUGGUGGCCGAGCUGUUCCUGGGCUGGCCGCUGUACCCCGGCUCCUCCGAGUACGACCAGAUACGAUACAUCUCGCAGACGCAGGGCCUGCCCACCGAACAUAUGCUCAACAGCGCAUCAAAGACUGCGAAGUUCUUCUACCGCGACGUGGACAGCACGUACCCCUUCUGGCGGCUGAAGACGCCCGAGGAGCACGAGCUGGAGACCGGCAUCAAGAGCAAGGAGGCCCGGAAGUACAUCUUCAACUGCCUCGACGAUAUAGGACAGGUGAACGUGCCAACGGAUCUCGAGGGCGGCCAACUGCUGGCCGAGAAAGCUGACAGACGAGAAUUUAUUGACUUAUUGAAGAAAAUGCUCACCAUGGACCAGGAGAGACGAAUAAUGCCGGGCGAGGCGCUGAACCACGCGUUCGUAACUCUAGCGCACCUCGUGGAUUAUGCGCACUGCAACAACGUCAAGGCAUCGGUGCAAAUGAUGGAGGUGUGUCGUCGUUCAGGCAGCGUGGGCGGAGUGGGCGGCGUGGGCGGCGCGGCGGAGUACGGCGUGGGCGUGGGCGUGGGCGGCGUGGUGGCGCCCGCCCCCGCCCCCGCGCCCCACCACCUCGCACUCACCAUCAACCAGCAGCGACUGCGCGCCGCGCCUUACGACAACCUGUACCAGCUGUACCAGGGCGGGCGCGUGGCGGUGGGCGGCGCGCGGCAGUACGCGACGCGCGCCGCGGAGCCCUUCCCGCACCAGUUCGUCUCCUCCAUACUCUGCCAGCCCGCCUACCAGGUGCAGCAGUUGGCAGCGGCAGCAGCGGCCGCGGCCGCCGCCCACCACCAGCACGGAGUGGGCGUGGGCGUGGGCGGAGUGGGAGUGGGCGUGGGCGGCGUGGGCGUAGGCGUAGGCGACGUGGGCGAGUGGCGCGCGCCGCUCAUCGUGGAGCCCGCGCCGCUGCCGGACGCCGACGUGUGGGACUUCCAUCCUCAUCAUCCGCAGCAUCAUCACCCUCCUAAAAGAUCAACAAAGCAGCAGGCGAGCGCCGUGCCCCACUACCAGCCGCAUCACCAAACGCAUCAAUACAGUAUGGCGAGCAGUGGCGGUAAGAAGGAGCCGACGCAGCUGUCGCCGGUGAAGAAGCGGGUGAAGGAGGGCACGCCGCCCUCGCGGCACAGGCACCAUCACGACCACACGUUAGUAUAUUUUGUGGAUAAAUCAUGUAAUGAACAUGUAAAGUAAUAACAAAAACAUAAG